CACGUUGGCCGAACCCAUCUCUCCUACGCCGUGUACGCUCUCGAGUGCACGGAGGUUGUGUUGGUUGUGUUAGCACGUUAACCUGGUGUUGUGGGACAACCGAUGAAUUACAUGGAUGUCUUUAUUACGUCGCUGUAGCCGUUAAUCACCGCGCUGUUUCCGUAUGUCACGAUGAAGGUCCAAUGACGUAUACGGCUUCGCAUCGUCCCUGUGUUCUCUGUGCGCUUUGACCGAAGAAGGGAAGUGAAUGUGUGUGCCAUCGAAACCACCAAAUCUCCGCCGAUUGUGGCCCCAAAAUAUGAUCACAUCGGCCAGUAAGCGCACUUAAAUACGCCACAGAUCAGGCGUGAAUUGAUCGUAGUGCGACACUUGCGUAAAGAGACUGCGAUUUCUCCAAAGUAGGUGGGACCCGGCACACGCGGAAGUGUCCAUUGCCACAGUUCGUGCUUCACAGCUAGCCAUUAUGAACAGCCAUCGCAUCGGAAGCACCUCGGCAUUCUGGCUUGAUGACACAUCGUCUCUGAAAGAAGCAGCUCGGCUGUCGGCCCAAGUCAAGCAAGACGCAGACUUUGGGCCCGACCCGUUCAAGCAGUCCACCAUCGACGACUGCCUUGAGCAAGUAGUGCAGUCUAAAAACAAAAAGGAACUGAGCGGUGACGAUGACUACUACUGGAACACCUCUGCCCAUGUUGCAUUCAACUUCGACGAUGUGGAUGACGACGGGAGAAGGAACGUGCAGUUCAACAAGAGAGCACAGUCUUCUGUGAACAAUGUGAGAAAAUUUAGCUUCGACGAAUCGAACCGGGUCACUGCAGAAGCCUGUGGUGUCACCCUUCCUUCUCCUGGCUCGAACUUGAGGCAAGCGGGCCUGGGCGCUGUGCACAAGCACGCCGAAAGGCUGAGGAUCGGCCAUGAUGUUCCUACAAAAGGUCUCAAAAGUACAAACACCCCCGAGGAGACUGUGAGGAACAUUGUGAUAGGUCAGCCUUACUUCCUUGGUCAGCAUCGUUCGAAAGAAGACAAAAUUGCUCUGCUGAAUGAGGCUGUGCGCAUUCAAGAUGGAAAUGCCAUAAUUGCUGUCUUGCUGUUUCUGAAAGAAACCCUGAAGCAGUCUCUGUUCAACCAAGAGCUGAUGCAGCGACCGAGGGCCGUGUCUCAUUACCUGAGUCACCUGCGUGCUGUGCAGGACAACAGCCAGCUUAUGGAUGUUCUAGGAAUGCUUGGCAGGGCUGAGGAUGCCGCUAUGAUAAAGUACAAGCUUGCUGUGGAGACACCGGAAGCCGCAACAAGGCUUCGAAACCUGCAGUCAUGUUACAAAUCGCACUUCCAGUCUGACGCUUCACUCGAGGCUCAGGCUGAACUGGUCAGAGAAGAGCUGAAGCUUCUCGAAAUGCAACUCACCAUUGAGGAACAGGACUCCAGAGCCGAAGUGGAAGGUCAGAACAUCCUGAUGCAAGAGUUUCCCCGCAAGGCGCCUGUUGUGGGAACAUCUCUGAUCACGACGCUUUACUACUGCUGUCUCUAUCAUUACAAUGUGUCAAACAACCACAUUGCCAGUCCCAGCCAGAUGAAGGCUGUAUUCAAUUUGACCGAGAAACAAUUUGUCUGGACUGCUCUGACUGCCCUGGCCCAGAUAAAACAUUGGAAAGAAAUUGACAACCUGUUUCAAGGCAAGUCUUGGCUUGGCAAAUCGAAAAUGCGGUGCUGCAUUGGCUUCGACAAGGCUGUCGAAAUUCUGGCUAAGGCACAUGCCCCACCCGAGGUGUUCGAGAGAUACCUCCAAAUGGUUGACGACUCGGAGAAGCGACUGACACUGGCAAAGGCGCACAAGUGUCACAGUGUUGUCAUUGAGACGCUAGUUUACCUGAGAGAUCGGCAACGGCUGCUCAGGUACAAGAGUGAAGUUCAGCCACAGUCCACGGCGUUCUUUGAGAUUGAAAGGCUCCUUAACGGCACGGCUGUAAAAUGGAAGAACUGAAGCAACCAUUUUUCCUAUUUGUAAAUAAAUAAAAAAAAACCCGUAGGCAACCAUGUCACACCGGAUAAAAAAGAAAGUGGCAGCAGCGAGCAACCAAAUUUAUGCAUGAGAAAUCUUGUCUUUUUGUCUAUCCCAGUUUUAUUGCAUAAGAAAUUUUAUAAUGUCUUAUAUAACUAAGUAAAAAAUGAAAUCACCAAAUGAUGUACACUUAACACUUAUGCAAUUCUUAAACUAUGUAAAAAAGAAACAAACCUUCUUUGGUUUUAAAGUGCCAUUCAACUCAAACAGGGCAUAACCUGUGCUGUGUUUCGCAGCAUAUCACAGAUGUAAGUCACAAGCAAAAAACAUACAACCUUGACAGAUAUUGUUCUAAAAGUGUGCUCCAUUAAAGGCCCCGUAAAACUA